AUGUCCGACUACGAUGACCUGAGUUACCUCUGGGAAGACCCAGAGGAUCUCUGGGAAGAUAGCCAUAUUUUACCUGACAGCGCUCUAAUGGACCCCUUGUCUUUCAACCCGGAUGACAACCAGAUGCAGCAGACUCAUGGUCACCCUAGCAUAGUCCCCAACGUCGACAGUAGUCCGGGCCGGCAAGUCCAGAAACCAGAAGAUCUCAUAGUCGAUAGCACUGUUUCACCUGACAGCGUUUUAAUGGAUGCCUUGCCUUUCAACCCUGAUGACAACCAGAUGCAGCAGGCUCAUGGUUAUUCUGGCAGCCUCAGAUCGGGUUCCUCGAUCAUCGACCUUCGUCACAGCCCAAGUGCAUAUCCCUACGAGAAUAACCAGAACCAGCGAGCCUAG